AUGCGCAGUCGACCACCAGCUGUUUUGCGCAUGUACUUUGAAUUUCUUAUCUAUCUUCGUGUUGGGACCUCAUUUCACAAAGUCCAAGAAGCCCUUGCCAAAACCUCUGCAUCACUUACCGAAACUCGCACAGCCUACGAGGAGGCGCAAAACAAACUUGUUUCACUUGAAUCAGAGCUGCAAAUCGAGCAUGAGUCAUUCGCCUCAUUGGACGAGCGGGAGAGGAAGUUACGUACCGAUUACCAGGCCGCCUUGGAGGAAAUCACCGAUCUUGAGAAUCGCGAGAACGAAUUUAAAACCUUGAUAGGUGAACUUGAGACCCAAAAAAAGACGCUCUCUGAUCAGGUGGGUGACAUUUCGGAUCAACUGGAAGUUGAAGAGCAACAUCGUCAGAAGCUACAACUUGAAAAGGGCUCACUGGAGCAGACCUUGAAAAGUCUUAAUGAGGAGCAUGCGGCGUUGGAGGAUAAGUACACUAAGUUGGAGAAGGAGAAGAAGUCGAUUGAAUCACGUUUGACUGAUCUCUCAACCCACUUGACUGAUGAGGAGGAGCGUUCAAAACAGCUUAUGAAGCUUAAAUCCAAGUACGAGUCGAGCAUCUCAGAAUUGGAGGAGAAGCUAUCUAAGGAGCAGGCAUCGCGACAGGACCUAGAGCGUGCGAAGCGACGUCUGGAGACAGAGGUCUCCGAAAAGACUGAGCAGGGCGUAGAUCACACUCGUCUUAUUGAUGAACUCAAGCAGCAGGUGGCCAAUCUUGAAGCUAAGCUCUCUGAAACCCAACAGAAGCUGGACGAUGAGGUUAUGGCGAAGACGGUUACGAUGAAACAGGUAAGCCUCUGUUGUGUAGGCAGUUAUUACGUUUUGGUAGUGGUGUUGUGA